GAAGACAGGCGUCAUUCCCUGGAACCUAGGGACUUCCUCUCUCUGCUUGUCUGGGUCAACUUGUCUGUCCAUUGCUGGCCCAUCUCUCUCUGGCCCCCUCUCUCACCCUCAGCAGCUGUCUCUCACAGGCCCGCUGCCCUGCCUUUUCUUUGCCUCCUGCUCCGCCUGCCUGGGUGGCCGCCAUGGGUCGGAAGCGGUUCAUCACUGACUCCUACCCUGUUGUGAAGAAGAGGGAGGGGCCCCCUGGGCACAGCAAGGGGGAGCUGGCACCCGAGAUAGGGGAAGACACCCAGUCCCUCAGCCAGGAGGAAACAGAGCUGGAGCUGCUGAGGCAAUUUGACCUGGCCUGGCAAUAUGGGCCUUGCACAGGUAUCACAAGGCUGCAGCGCUGGCAUCGGGCAGAGCAGAUGGGCUUGAAGCCUCCCCUAGAGGUACACCAAGUGUUGAAGACACACCCUGAAGACCCUCGCUUCCAGUGCAGAUGGAGCAGCAGAGCAGCUUAAUUACACAGUGUGCACAAUCAAGAGUGGUGCCUAGGACAGGAUGUGAUGCACGGGAAGGAGGUGAUUGUUAAGGUCAGCUGGGAGGACAGGAUGCUCUAGGUAAAUGACUGUGACCAUGCAAGAGAGGUAGGUAUAGGGAAAGGACGUCUUGAGGGUGGGGAUGCUGGAGGAGCAGAUGCUCGUUGAGAGCCUGGCAGUGCUGGGUAGCAUGGCAUGUUUGUUAAGUGCUUAUCCUGCCAACUGCUGUGCUGAGGACUGCAUGCGUGUUAUUAGCUGAAACCUGAGAACAUUAAUUAUUGUCUGUGCUUUACAGAUAAAGAAACUGAGGCUGAGAGGGAAAAUGCUCUGCACAGCCAGCAAACAGCAAAGCCAGCCUUCACAGCUGCCCCACCAGGCUAGCCAAACACCUGCACUCCAGAUGUUUAGGAUGGACUUGAUGAGAUAAGGCCUACAUAUGGGGAAAGUUAAAAAAAAAAACCUCAUGUAAUACAAGUGCUGCCCCCAGGCAACCUAGGAAUCUAGAGACACAGAGGUGCCCGGUUCUCAGGAAGCAGAGAGCAUCUGGGGCAGGGGUGUACAGAAACCAUUCUGCAGAAGCCUCCCCCUGCUGCACUGAAGUCAUCCUGCUGACCCUCAUUUGUACCAAGCCUUUGGGUUCACAGUGUUCCUUCUUCUUAGACCUUCCACUACAGAAUUAAUUCAGUCUCUGAGUAUUCUCAGUAGUUUUAUGUUUGGUCUUUUUAAAAUCUGCCAAUUUUACAUUUGACUCCAGACUCUAUCGAUGUGUUGGAAGUAGCUGUUCUAACAUGAAAAUAAAACCCUUCAGGAAGA